UAUUUUCAGUUGCGAUCUGGGCCACCGUGAGGGCAACAGCGUUCGACGCAGUCCGUCCAAUGGGAUUAUGAGCAGUUUCGUACACGUAUGGUGUGAAUCCGUGAAAAAAUCGUCCGUGUGACAGCGAGCGUAUGUGCAUGUAUUGGGAGAAAUUUUCACGAAAUUUAGCAAUCGUACGUACCAUAGUGAUGCAGUAGAUAAAAAAUCGACAAUGCUCUAGUGCUUCCCUGUACCGGACUGGUAGUGUAAGAAAAUGUGAACUACUCGGUAGAUAUGGUGUGAGAUUUUUUUUUGUCGAGUCAUAUUGUACGUAGCACCGAUGGUGGUAGUGAAGUGUUCGAGUUAGCUAAAAGUUUCUUACAAUGAAACACGAAAGUCAGCGGUGGUGAUGAGUGCAGUGCGAACCAGCGUAGAAUAGUGCAUGUGUAAAAUUAAAGCAGAGCAGUAGAAUAGAUACAGCAGGCAUUGGGUGAAAAUUGCCAUUGGCGACAGCAAGGUGUGUGCAUUUCGAGCGAAAAGAAAAAGUCACACAGCCGUGAGCAAAAGUGUACCGAUCUCAGUGGUAGGGAGCUGAUAGUUCUGAUCAGCGAUCGACAAAGUUCAAAACAACAGGGGCGAAGAACGAGCAACGGUCGAUAAUGUCGACUACUUCGAUUUCACGAGAAGAAGAGCGCAAGCCGCUCAUGGAGGAGUUUUACCGUCAGCGGCGUAUUCUUCUUGGCUGCACAAUUCUUAUCGGGGUGGCAGCCGUCAUAUGGAUUGUGGCCAUUUCUACCGAUCACUGGUUCGUCGUAACAGGUGGCCAAGGAAUUUUCAUACCGGAAACGCGACGAUACUUCAAAACAUCACACUCGGGCCUUUGGAAGAUAUGCCGCUACGGUGUCAUUCCGGCCGUGAUGGCUCAGUCGAAUGCGACACGCAACUUUACGACAUUGUCAUUUGUGAACGAGAAUCGCAUUGCAACGAUGCGUUCGACUAUUGCGAAAGAACCAUACAUCAAAGAUUUCCUUAGUGCCGAUUUAAAAAUGGAAAACCUGACCGAGGUGGACGACACCUUCCGGAGGCAACUGUUUGCGUCGUGGAUCGUGAACGAUGCGGACCGAUUCCACGAGCUGAAGGGUCUGUUCCACGAAAUUACGGGCAAGGUGCGCCAGCAGGACACGGUGGCUGUUCAAAAGCUCAAAAACCCACCGCUGAUGAUGCUUGAUCCGACCGAUUUAAACUCGGUGCGCGAGACUCUCAAAGAGCCGGUAGCCGCCGUGCUGACCACAGUCACCAUCAACUCGACGGACAUCAACGUUCUAAUGCCUAUCACGCUGUCCGAGGCCCUGUUCGACGACUGGGAGCACCGGCCGGGAGUGAUUUAUUUACUUUGGAGCUUCGCCAAAGCGAUGAACAUCCCGCCAUUCAUCGUCAGCCCAAAUGGCACCAAGUAUAUCAUACGACCGCCACUUCCGCCCAAGAAAGGCCGCAUUGGCAAUGGAUAUGAGUACACCCCGUUCAAAAAAUGUAAAUUCCACAACCUUUUCCCAUCGGACGACGAGAUUCUCCAGGAUCCUGCUAUCGAUGACGAGCUGCUCGACUACAGCCGGACCGAAGCAUCGUUUGCUUGCAUUACAGUCUUUGUGAUGGUGAUGGGAUUCAUCUUUUCGAUCUACACGUUUUUAAAUCCACGCUACAUGUUUAAACGGUUGGCCGGUGGAAUACAUUUCAUAUCAGCUGCGACAAGCAUUGUCGUUAUUCAGGUGUUGGUAGCUUCCGUGGAGUACGAAAAGGAAAACAUAUCCUAUACCUUCCCGAAAGGUGCCAAAUAUAGCUAUGGGUACGGAUUCUAUCUGGCUUGGUUCGUAUUUUUAUCCAAUAUCUACGCUGGUUUGAUGUUCAUGUGGUAUUCAAAGAAAAGGAAAGGCAAUAAAGCAGCUACCGAAGAGCUGGGUAUGGCCGAUGAACCCAUCAACAUUGGGCGAUAAGCAACGAACGGCUGUCAUUUUCGAGCCAAAAACCAAAGACAACGCACGAAUUAGGCAGAGAUUGGUUCCGAAUCCCCACAAAGAAAAACGUCCUUUGCGGUAAAAUAAGUGGGUUAAAUAAGUCUGUCAGAAACCUUCCUGAUGGUGUUUUUAACGAAGAAAAAAAAAACGAAAGAAGCAUUAAGACAAUGUUUUUUUUUUAAUUUUAUUUCGUAUUUUUUGUUGAUCACUUCUGUUUUCUCUAUUUGUGACUGUGUCGUGCGGAUACAUCAUGGUUUGUUUUUAUGUUUACAAUUAACUGUUACAUUAAGUGUUACGUGAACAAUAAAGAUAAGAAAGGUUGUUUCAAUA